AUGUCUCUCCAGGACUAUCUGACCACUCUUCCUUCCCACUUUCCGCCCGAUCAAUGCACACAAAUCGCGCCAGCUGCUCCGAGCUACAGCGGAACGUCGACACAAGUCGGUUCAGACACCGCCGGUAACGAUCAGGAAACCGCGGUGGACAACGAUGCGCUGCUAAAACCGACCGCCACGAGCACCGACAUCAGCAAAGUAACGGUCCCUCCUCUGGAUCAACCAGUUGCGGCACGCUUCGCGGACAUUACCGAAAUCCAGUCCCGAAAUCUCCGCGGCGGAGGAAACCAGAUCGUCCUGACCGAGCGAUUUUGCCCGACUCCAAAACGGGCCGAACGGGAGAAGCGGAAAUUCGAGGAAUACUCGGUGCUGCUUCGCAACGUUGUGCAGAAGCAGAGGAAGUGCUUUAUACCGGUGGAAACUGUUCUCGAGAUACGGUCGAAAACGCUGUGCAGAGAGUUCCGGCGGAUGGCACCUACAUGUUACGAUGAUACCGACCUCGACGCCAAAGUCAUCAAGAUCCGCUUUCCCUUCUCCGAGCUUUUCUUCCACCGUGAGGCAAUCGAGGCCUUCGCCAGUGACCCUGCCAAUCCAGAACAUCUGCGGAGAGAGAUGAAGCUAUUGUCAGACUUUAUCCACGACCCCAAGAGAGAUCUGGCACAUAUCAUCAAGAACUAUGAGCGAAAUAUCGCCGAGGGUAAGGUCGAUGGACAGGAACUGUGGACCAUCUAUCCGCCCAACGAAAUUGUCGUGUUCAACGAAGGCCGAUACAAAGAAUUCUGGAUUUGCCGGAACGUGCUGUACAAGUCCAGGGGUUAUUGCGUCAGCGGGCUGCGGCUGGACUUUGACGGUGAGCGUCUCGGGCUGGCACGGCAGGAGUGUUUCAUCCCCAUGAGAGGACAAUACGGGAUCUCGCAGCUUCCGCUGAUUCCAGCAUCCAUGUCGCCGGACUGGGACAGGCUCCAAGAGAAGUUGCGUCGCCGGGCGGAAGUCUUCAAAGCCCUACUGGGCAAUGAGCUCACCGGGUUUGGCCAUCGUUCGUACAAAGGACCUCUCUGGAGAACGGUGGCGUGCCGACUUGGUCUCUCCCAAGCCGAAGAAAAAGAUAAGAAGAAAGCCUCUCCUCCCAAACCAGUCUUCAUGCGUGGCCGAAAACCAUUAAUUCCUGAUUCGGAUUCAUCCGAUAGCGACUCUUCUGAUUCCUCGGACUCGGACUCGGAAGAAACUCUGAGUGAGGCGGGUUCCAUCCCUGACAGUGAAAAGUCAAGUUACGGUUCGGGUUCGGACCAUAUGAAUGGUAAGAAACCCAAGUCAUCGCCGUUUGACAAGCUGCAGGACAUGUCGGAGGCGAUUGGGACCCGAUGUGACCUGCUUCUCCUGUGCCCGGCGCGGGGUCCGGCGUCCUGUCUCCGGAGCAAAGAAUGGGGAUGGAUCCUGAUUGAUCGUCUGGAGCCCAUUCAGUGGAAUCCGCAGGCAUUCGAGAUGCUGCAGAUGGAGUCCCGGAAGAAGUCAUUGAUCCGGAGCCUCGUGAAAGGCCAUCAGCUGGGGAGGCUCCGGUUCGAUGAUAUCAUGAAGGGCAAAGGACGAGGCCUUGUAUUUCUCCUGGAAGGGGAACCGGGAUUAGGCAAGACUCUCACCGCAGAAAGCGUCGCGGAGCAAGCAGAACGCCCUUUGUACUGUGUCUCCGGGGGUGAGCUCAGCACAGACGUGGUCACCGUGGAAAGGAAGUUGGAUGACAUCUUCAAGAUGGCCAAGAAGUGGGAAGCUGUAGUCCUGCUCGACGAGGCCGAUGUGCUCAUGACAAAGAGAUCGUCGAUGGAGCUUGGGAGGAAUGCUAUCGUUGCGGUGUUCCUCCGAAUGAUCGAAUACUACGAGGGCGUGCUGUUCCUGACCACCAACCGGAAGGCCGAUCUCGACGACGCUUUUCUGUCGCGGAUACACAUCACGAUCAAGUUCCCUCAGCUCUCAUCAGAGGUCCGAGCCGCGAUCUGGAAGAAUCUCGUGCAGAAAAACGCGUGUAUCAUAGAUGAAAAGCGCUGGCCGGCCGAGAUCUUUGCGGUGCUGGGCGAGUUGAAACUCAACGUGAGAAAGAAAUCUUCCAGUAGUGGGGCAUGA